GCUCGGGCGCCUGUAUACGUUUCCAGUGGGGGUGUGGCCCGGCAGGGGUUUAGCGAUACUGCGCGGCCGGACGCCGGCGCCAUGGAGGAGUAUGCUCGGGAACCUUGCCCAUGGCGAAUUGUGGAUGAUUGCGGUGGAGCCUUCACUAUGGGUGUUAUCGGCGGUGGAGUCUUCCAGGCCAUUAAGGGCUUCCGCAAUGCCCCUGUCGGAAUUCGGCACCGAUUGAGAGGCAGUGUCAAUGCUGUAAGGAUCAGAGCCCCCCAGAUUGGAGGUAGCUUCGCUGUGUGGGGGGGCCUGUUUUCCACCAUCGACUGUGGUCUGGUGCGGCUUCGGGGCAAGGAAGAUCCCUGGAACUCCAUCACCAGUGGUGCACUGACUGGGGCUGUGCUGGCUGCCCGCAGUGGCCCAUUGGCCAUGGUGGGCUCGGCAAUGAUGGGGGGCAUCCUGUUGGCCCUCAUUGAGGGUGUUGGCAUCCUUCUCACUCGCUAUACUGCCCAGCAGUUCCGCAAUGCACCCCCGUUCCUGGAGGACCCUGGCCAGCUGCCCCCUAAGGAGGGUACCCCAGGCCCAGGCUACCCCAGCUAUCAGCAGUACCACUGAGGAAGUGACCACCUAUCACCGCCACUGUGGGAGCUCCUCCUCGGUCCCCUCCCUGAUGAUCUACCUCGAAGGGAGGGCUGGCUCCCAGUUGGCCUAUGGGACCCUUGAGAGGGCCUCUAUCUGUUCUCUUAUCCCAGGUUGGGGGUGGGGCACCCCAGCUGCCCUGAUGGAUGGGUCCCUUUUCUCUCAGGGCACCCCAACCCCCACUCACAUAUGUAACACGCUGUCACCCCAAUCCCUUUGCAUGGCGCUCUGAUGAGUAUUUAAAGCCAGUUUUGAAAAUG